UGGAGACCGGAAGGCAAGCGGCGCCCGCAGCAGGUUUCUCAAUCAGCUAAAAUGGUUUUAAAGAAGAAGAAGGAAAUUCAGGUGGAUGCAUUUUUUCUUGACCAACAACAUCUCGAAAAACUUCAAAGGUUUUCAAAGGAUGGAGAGCAAAACCUGGCAUCUCUGCUUUUACACUGUGCACAGCUAAGCAAUGGCAUCCAGCAGAUCCAGUGUAUUAAACAGAUUAUACCAUCGGUGAAGAAGAUGGAUCAAAACUCUCCAGGUGAUCCUAUGGUUAAAGCUUGUUUGGAUAUUUUGGGAGAGAUGUAUUUUUCACUGAGUAUGAAGAAUCCCUUAAAGAAAGUAUUAGCAAGUUCACUAAAUUGUCUUCCGGAACAGUUUAUGACACUAGCUGUACAAAGCUUUGCAUGCUGCCUUAGGGAGGAACUGAAAACCACAGAUGUAUAUUUGUACAGAAAAGUGUUGGACAGUCUUGCUUCCUGCAUGGAGGACUUCAACUUAGGUAGAACAAGUAUUAAGAACCUCUUUGAAGAAGUUCUUCAGUUUCUGCAGAAGUCACUACUUGACAUACAGGAAGAAAGCAGAAAGAAGCAUGGAAAUCAUAUUGUUCAGACUCAGUUGAUGCAUGAUUUAUUGACAGGCAUUAAAGUGUCAAUGAUGCUUGUGCAGAAACUACCAGAAAACAUCCAGGGAAGUCUUUGGAAACACCGUGAGUCUUCUGUGUGGCAAAGUAUGUGUAGCUUACUGAAAAGCUCCACAAACUUCCUAAUGGAUGGUAAUCUCCUGCAAACUGUCCAGUCUGCCUCAGGCCUGGCUGUUAUUCUGUUUAUUAAGACUAUGUAUGAGCCAGUUGAAGAAUUGCCUUCCUUGAUCAGUGGCUUGCUCCUUGGCUCAGUGAAACACACAGGUGUGCCAGCGUGGUUUGUGAGGAACUGUGGAACUCUGUGUAUGGAAGAAAUCCCUGACUCAGUUCUUCUUUUUCUUUGCCAUGGAGCACUGGCUAUGCUGGAAUGGAAGAAUGGCAGCAUGGGUGAAAAUGGAGAGAAACUCUUACUAGAUAUUGCAUCAGUCUUGUUGUCUUUGAGUUCAGAGUUAAAAGAAUCCAGUAUGGCAACGUCUUUGUCUAGAAUCCUUGCUAUUUGGACUAAUUCAGCACUGGCUGCCCUGGUUUCAUGUUCCCCAAAUCUAAAACUCAAACUUAAUGGGAAUUGUGACCUAAUUGGGAAGCUGCUGGAAUACGUUUACACACACUGGGAACACCCUCUGGAUGCUGUUAGACACCAAACCAAAUUGAUAUUCAAGAAUCUUCUUCAGAUACACCAACACACCGUUACUGGAUGCAAUGAAAAAUCAGACCCAUUCUUUGCAAGGCUGCUAAAGCAUUUACUGAGCUUGGAAUGGCACGUAAGAGGGAAAUACGCUUCUCUUGGCUCUCUUGUGAAGUGUAUGGGCACCGAACAUAUACUGCAGUUGGACAGAACAAUUCCAGCACAGAUCUUGGAUGUGAUGAAGGAUCAGUCUCUUGCACCCUAUGCUAGUGAUCUUUUGGAAACCAUGUUUACAAAUCACAAAGCCCAUUUUACUUUGAACUUUCAAGAAAGCACUCGGAUUGACCAGUGGCAUGACAUCUGGGUUUCUCCUCUUUUAGUAGUACUGUGUGAAGGGAACCAUGACCAAGCUACUUAUAUAACAGAUUACUGUUUACCAAAAUUGCUCAAAUGUAGCCCUGACAGUCUGAACUACAUGAUUAGAGUUCUUCAGGCUUCUGCAGGUGCUAAUCUGGGUAAGAAAUGGCUUUCAUUUUCUUUAGGCUCUUGCAGUACUAGAGGAGCUCUUGGAGCAUUAAUGGCAUGCCUAAGAACAGCCAGGGCUCAUGGACACCUGGAACUUUCAAAUAUCAUCAGCAAUGGUCUUGUAUCCACUGCAUGUAUCAAACAGGGUCUAGUUCAUCAGCACAAUCAGGUUUGCAUUGAUGCUUUAGGUUUGCUGUGUGAAACUCACCGUAGCACAGAAAUCGUGUCUGUGGAAGAAAUGGAACUAAUUCAUUUUUUUCUGAUGUACAACUUGAAUAACCAGUCUCCUUCAGUAAGGCAACAGAUAGGUUCUUUACUGAGAAAGUUAUUUUGCAGGAUACAAGAAAGUUCCCAGGUACUUUAUAAAUUGGAGCAAAAUAAAGCCAAGCAGGAGUUACUUGAAAACUCAACCAAAAGGCAUCCUUUGGAGAUUUUGCAGCAAUAUAAAGAUUUCAUGUCAUCUGUGUGUAACAGACUUUUUGAGGUACUGUUCCCUGGUUCAUCGCACCCAACCAGAUUUUCUGCACUGACUAUUUUAGGAUUGGUGGCAGAAAUAUUUUCUGUUCCAGAAGGCCAGCCACAGGUUUUUCGUUUGGAUCAGGAGAUUGAUUCUACUCGUGUCCAAACUUUGCUCCAGUGUUUUGCCAGUACUUUUGAGGCAGUAAAGGCUCUGGCAUUUGGGCUCUUGAUGAAACUACGUGAUGUUGCAUUUAAUUUACAGGACUCUGAAAAUCUCGGCCUCCUAUUCGAAGCAGCAAUGGAUCUCAGCACAAGUACCAAGCCUUAUGAUUGUGUCACUGCUUCAUACUUGUUGAAUUAUUUAGUACACUAUACAGGUCUACAGCAUAUUUGUUUAGGAAAAUGUAUUGAGCAAAACUCCCACAUGGAUGAAAGCACAAUAGUGGAGAAGAACACUUUGGCAGUUAUCAAGCUUUUGUUGGCAAAUGUUGAAGAAGAAAUACUUCAAGCUAAGAAGUCUCUACUUCCAGCAGCAGCAUCAUUCCCAAUGUAUGGGAGAGUACAUUGUAUAACUGGGGCUUUGCAGCAAUUACCUUUAGAGUAA